AUGGAAUUUACAAAACCCGAGGAUCCGGAACAAGGGACGGCGGAUCCGCGGAUAAAGAAAACGCAGGAGAUAAGCCGACAGGAGAGAGAAAAAUGGGCAGCGUACAGAAGAAACGUGAAACUUACCCUCGACAAUGUCGAAGAAACUACGAAAGCAGGAAAACUUACAAACGAUGAAUCGAUCACGGUGAAGACAUACAGAAAUUGCUCUUUUUAGGAGGAACAUUGAAUUUUUGGCAUUGUUAUAUUUCGAUGUUCAGAAUCUCCAAGAAAAUUACGAUUAAA